AUACAAGACGCUUGCUGAGGAAAAGCGGAGAAAACUUCAUGCAGUUUUAGACAAAACAAAAAAAUUAAACAACUAUUUUUUAAUUAAACCUACAACUAAGUACAACUUCCAAAGCCUAAAAACACAUGAUUCGGAUUCGGAAUCGGAGACUGUUACUGCUGUGUCUGCUGUACCUAUACCACCAGAUAAUGCGGAAGCGAUGGACACGGAGCCAAGUGAGAGGUCAGAAUCUAAAAUAGAAGCAUCUGCAUGUGCAUCAGCUUCAGUAAAUCCACAAUGUUUACAAGCAGUUAUCAGUAACGACCCUGCCGAAUGGAAGGCCAACGAUGCUACUAUCGAUUAUUUGUUGUCCUUACCAAAUGAAAUAUGCCAAAAUACAGAUGAGGAUUUUUCACUAACAAAAACUGUUAUUGGCAAUAAGACACGGUAUCUUACUAAGAACGUUUUCCGUCGGAAACUUGCCAAUGAGGAAGAACAACCUCGUAGAUACUUAAUAUAUUCACCAUCAAAGAAAUCCCUGUUUUGCAUUCCAUGUCGUCUUUUCGGAGGAACCUCAAAAAUGGCCACUGAUGGCGUAAAUGAUUGGAGUAAUGUAAAUAAAAUUUUGAAUUUACAUGAAAACUCCCACGAACACGCCAAAUCCCAAGUAACCUUAUUGCGGCGUCAACAAAAGCAAAACCAAAUUGAUUCAUUGCUGUGUCAGCAAAUAAGACUCGAAGAAGAUUACUGGCGAAAAGUGUUAAAGCGGGUGGUUGCAGUGACUAAAAAAUUGGCUUCCAGAGGUUUACCGUUUAGAGGAACAGUUGAAAAAUUCGGCAAUCCAAACAACGGAAACUUCAUGAUGUGUCUGGAGCUCAUAGCGGAAUUUGAUCCGUUUUUAGCCACGCAUGUAUCUCAGCACGGAAAUCCGGGAAGUGGUAAAACGUCAUACCUCUCAUCUACAAUAUGUGAAGAAUUUAUCGACUUAAUGUCGACUGAGGUUCUGAAUCACAUUAUGUCCGAAAUUGGAAAGUCAAAAUACUAUUCAAUUAUAAUUGACUCAACACCCGACAUGGCACAUAUUGAUCAAUUAUCCGUAAUCAUCAGAUAUGUUACAGAAAAUGGAAAACCAGUAGAGCGCUUCGUUGGCUUUUUGCCAAAUGUGGGACAUAAAUCUGAAGAUAUGGAAAAUGCUGUAAUUUCUAAAUUGGAGAAGCACAAUUUGGAAUUAAAACAUUGUCGAGGUCAGUCCUACGACAACGCUAGUAAUAUGUCCGGCUGUUACAGUGGUUUACAAGCAAGGAUUUUGAAACGCAACCCGCUCGCUGAUUACCUACCAUGUGCCGCCCAUUCAUUGAAUUUGGUUGGCGUCUGCGCUGCCGAAUGUGCCGGAGAGGCUGUAAGGUUUUUUGAAACGGUGCAGAGCCUAUAUACUUUUUUCUCGGCGUCUACUCGUCGUUGGGAAAUUCUACUUUCCAAUUUAAAACCCGGCGCUAAAGUUCCAAAACGGGUCGACGGAACAAGAUGGUCUGCACGCCAUGAUGCUUUAAUGAGCUUACGCGGGAGCUGGAGCAAUUAUUUAAAUGCUUUGACAACAAUUGAAGAAGCGGUUUCAGAAAAACCAACGGUUCGAACGGAGGCAGCUGGGAUUAAACGUCGCUUAAACCGUUUCGAAUGUGCCUUCAUGUCGGUUUUUUGGGAAGUGAUAUUGAGCGUUUCCAUAAAACCAACAAAACUCUUCAGGGCGUCGAUAUCGAUACUGGCGACGUAACUAGACUCUUUUUAUCAUUGAUAAAUUUUGUCAAAUCUUUGCGAAAUACUGCCAUGUUUGAAACGUACAUUGACAAAGCCAAAAAUAUUAUGGAUGAAAGAUACGAUGAUGACCAUCAAAGAAAUCGGAGACGUAAACUUUUCCCAGAUGAAAAUAGGGAUGGUGAUACAAUUCUGACAGGAAGGGAACAGCUAAAAGUGGACACAUAUUUUUCUAUACUUGAUAGGGUUUCAAUGGAACUGAACAAAAGAUAUGAAGCAUAUGACAGUGUUUUCAAAAAAUUUGGAUUCUUUUACGUAAUAAAAGAAAGUUCGCAAGAACAGUUAAUCAAAAGUGCCAGGUACCUACAGGAAUGUUAUAAGGACGAUCUGGAGGAUGCGUUUCCAACAGAAUGUUUGCAUUUCUCGGAACUGUUAAAAGAAACAGACAUAAAAUACGAAAAAUGCACUUUAUCAAAUAUGCUCUCGCACAUUCGACAAUACAAUUUGGAAGCAGUUUUCCCCAACGUUGAAAUCGCCCUACGUAUAUUUGUUGCUAUGGCUGUCACAGUUUGUUCGGCGGAGCGCUCAUUUUCUACCCUCAAACGAUUAAAGACGUAUUUAAGAUCAACAAUGGAACAAGAGCGAUUAAAUGCAUUGACAAUUUUGACGAUAGAAUCUGAUUUGACAACAAGCUUAGAUUUUGAUAAUAUUAUAAACUCGUUUGAGGCUAUGAAAUCCCGGCGAAAACUAAUAUAAUAUUAUUAUAGUUCAUAUAGUUGUGAAAAUAAAUAUUUAAAUUUAAAAUUCUGGUUUUAUUGCUGUUUUUACCUAGCUAACCUAAGGGCGGCAUUUUUUAACUGGCGUAGGGCGGAAAAUUGGUAAAUCCGGCACUGUAUACAAUGAUACAAACCAAAGACGUAUGACGUAGAUAUAUUAAUAUUAUGUGACACAUGACAGAAGCUCGAAACAAAUGACAAUCGAUGAAAAGCCCUAUUAUCCGAGACUAUUACUUGAAUUACUAAGCUGAAGCUUGUUUUCUUCAGUUUUUCAUAGACCCACCUGCUUGUGGUGAUUAGGUAAGUUUUUUUUAUGUCUUUAGUAGCUUCUAACUGUAUUUACAUACAUGCUAUCCAAAAUAAACAUAUUAUAAUUAUUAUUUAUAAAUAACUUUUAGGUUUUAUUGUAAAAUUGUUACUUUAACAUGUUUGUAUCUCUUUUAAUAGCAUAUAUUAAUUCUGUUCACACAUCAAGACUUUAUAACAAUUUCUUUUAUUUGUUUCAGAGCUGAGACAAAACUGAGCAUCGGAAUCUGAAGCUAGCGGGUUUAAUGUAAGUUCCAAUAAAUAAUUUUAGACAAUAGAUUGUAUUUUAGUUGAGUGAUUACUGAAUAAAUAGUUAUAUAAAAUGGUA